AAAAUAAUAAGAUUAAUUUAAAUAAUUUACACUGAAAUUUUUCAAAAGUAAAAAUUCUAUUUAAUAAAAGCGUAGACAGACAAUUAUACAUUUAUGAAUUCAAAUAAGAAUCAACCAAAGAAGAAAACAUUACUUGAUGACUUCAAUGAGCUUGAAGAAUACAGCAAGAAAUAAAAUUAUGAAGCAAAUAUUGAAAGUGAAUUAAGUGAAAGCAACACAAUUAAUGCAGACACUGAAUCUAUUUCUAAAAUGAACACAUCUAGAUAACCAGAUCAUGAUUUUUGCGAUGACUUAUCUUCUGCAAAUUAAUAUAAGUCUAAUCAAGCUAAAAAAUUUAGUACAAUGUCUAAAGCAUAAGCAAGUUCCACUGCGGGAAGCUAAAUAAUAGGAGGUAGAAAUCAUGCACCUCAAGUAAUUGAUGAAGAUACUGAGCAUUUUAAAGUUAAAAUUGAGCAUUUGUUAAAUGUUUUUAAAACUGAUGCAAUUUCAGAGUUUAUGGGCAUGAAAAGAUCUAUGCUUGAAGAUUAAAGAAUUUCAGUUAAAAAUUAAACUGAAAGAUAUCUGCAAAUGUACGAAGACAAACAUAAAGAAUAAACAGAGACAAAAGAAAAAUUAGAAGAGUAAAUAAGAAUCAAUGGAAUCCUCAAGGAAAGACUUGAGAAGAUGAGUGCAAUAACUUAGAAAGCCAAAGCUAGAUUUCACACUCAGAAAUCAUUACAAUUUUUCUUUGCAGCAAUUAAAAGCUACAAAAAAUACAAAAUAGAAUAAAAAAAAAAAAAUAAACUUGCUCAAUUAGUUGCAGAGAAGAAUCUCAAAUAAAGAGUUUUUAGUUCUUUUUACAAAGUUUGCAAAGAGGGUAAACAUUAAUCCGACCUAGAAAAGAAAGAAAAGCAACAUUUAAUUGAAAUUGAUGAAAUCACAAACAGAUUUAACAAAGAAAUGGCUUUGCUAAAAGAAUAGCUUCAAGAAACUUAGUUAUAAUUGAAUAGUAUUUAGUACACUAAAGAGUAAAUGUCAGAAAAUCUUAAAAAGGCAUUUAUGAGAGGUGUCUGUGCCUUAAACUUUGAGGCUAUGAAUGUCAUCUAAGGGUCAUAAGUUGGCUUUAAUCCAGAUGUGUUUUUAAGCUAAUUAGAUAACCCAUAAUAAACCUAAGUAAAUAAUAAUUCUUAACUAAAGAAUAUUUCUCAAGCUACAUCAGCAAUUUCACAAUCCUAUGUUGUUUAAAACUCAGCUCAACAACAAUAAAUCAUGUAAAUGUAAUAAUAGUAGCUUCAAGCUCAAUAAGCUUAAAAUGAAGUAGCCUUAAUGCAGUCUAUUGUACAAAAAAAUCCAUAAUAAUAUAGUAGCAUGAUAAUUAAUCAUGCAGAUAAUAAUACAAACUAUCAAACUCUUUCUAAUUAGGCAUAAUAAAUACAACAAAUUAAUUCUAUAUAAAACAACUUAUCAUCUAAUUUACAAACAAAUAUGAGUUCUUCGAGCAGCAAUAAUAACAAUAACAUUGACUCUUUAGAAUUUGAAAGAAUCAAUUAAAUAGAAUUCCUAAAAAAAGAGUUAGAAUAAAUUUAAAAGAUUGCAGGAGUUCAAUUAUAAAAUUAAUAUGCUUCCAAAUAAUAAACAGAACCUGACUAAAAUUAAUAUGAAUAAAAUCUAAAAUUUGCUAACAACGAUGAAGACUUUUAACAAAAGAAAAUAGUAAUCUUCCAAGAACCUAAGGUAGAAUCAAAAGACCAUAGAUGGAAAAAUGCUCCUGUGGUAGGAUUGCCAAAUAAAACACAAAAUUUAAGUAAUAAAGAAAAUCAAUAAGAUUUUAUGCAAAACUAGUCUAUUCUGCCUAAUUUUGUAGAUCAGCAAUCAAAUUUCAAUCAAGAAGAUGAUUGCAAAGUGAUCAGAGUUAAUGCUUAAAGCCAGGAAUUCUAAAAUACUUAAAAAUUCGAUAAAACAAUAAAACCUAAUGCAAAACCACCUGUAAAAGAGCCUAUGCCAUAAAAAUACGUGCCUUCUACUGUAAGCAGUGCUUCUAAUAAUAAAUCAUCACAUUCUUUAAGCACUUCUUAAUCAGGAAAGAGUAUUAGUAACAGCGCCACUUAAAAAUCUAAUUUAGGAACACCAUCUAAAGCAAUAACAAAAACAACAACUACCAAAAAAUGA